AUGAACUUUCACACAACAGCCGCAAAUUUUGCUAGCCAGAACGUUCUGCCCCAGUCUCAGCAGGUAGUUGGUGUUUCGUCUCCAACAGGCUACAGCACCAUGCUACAAGAUCCACAUUUUUGUGACUCUUACCAGUCUCAGUUCCAGCUCAUUCCGCCCUUUCCACCGAUUUACCCGGGUCCCCCUGUUUUUGCGGAUCAGUAUGCUUUCGGUGAUGAUGAAUCAGUCCAACACCCGGGGCUGUAUCACUUCUCAAACCUCCAUUUACAGCUGGACCAUUCUAACCCGCCCUACGAGCAAAAUCAUUCUGGUCAAAUGCGCAGAUAUUCCUUGGGAGAAAUGUCAAUAUCCAGAUCUACGUCUAUCGCCCCUAAUCCAAGUGUGAAGCUCGCUCAGAUGUAUGAAGAAGUAUCUCGGUACUUUGAUUCUGAUCCUUGCAAAAGAGAAACCAUUCACAACGGCGGUAUGAUCUCGGGCUUGGAAAAGAGAUUUGGGACUGUGACCGCAGAGUUUAAGCCCCCAUCUUUUGGAAAGCAAGAACUGAGGAAAUUGAAGCUAGUGCUUGUUAAAUUCAAAGCGGGCCGCUUGGAUGUGUAUUAUAUUCAUCGUGAUUCAAAAGAAUUCUCAAGAUUAAGAAUAGAUGACUUGGUCAUUGUCGAGGCCGAUCGGGGAAGUGAUUUGGGCAAGGUUGCCCAAAUAGACAUCUCAUAUGACGAAUCUCGUCGGCUUAAAAUGCACAACACUUUGGAAAAGAAGUGUUUUUUUAUUGGAAGAGGCAAUUAUCGUCAAGGAGGCUCCCAAUCUCAAGGAUUUAAAACAAAAGGCAAGAACGUGCACUUGCAAUUGGAUGCCCCAAAGGCUAUCUCUUCGUUGGCCAACUCGAAGGAUACCGAGGCGAUCUACAGAAAGAUUCGGGAUGAAGAAAAAGCGUGCCAAAUCACCAUAAAUGUGAUUUCUAGUAUGCUUUUCUUGGGUCUGAGGAUUCAGCGGGGGAACGAGCCUACAAAAUUCGAAGGUGAAGACAUAGGCCAAAUGGAGAUUGUAGAUGCCGAGUAUCAGUUUGACCGCAAGAAGCUAACUAUUUACUUCACAUCGCCAAAAAGAGUGAACUUUCGUGACCUUUUAACCGAGCUUUUCAAACUAUUUAAAGCCCGGAUCUGGUUUGAGCCCGUGCAGAGCAGAAGUAUUCCCUUCAGAUGUCUGCCGCAUGCUUCAAAUGACAGUAGCGACUUGACAACUUUUCACGUGAGAAGUAAGUCUUGCGAGAGUCGUAAAAACCUCACCAGCAAAAACAAUGGAUGGCGGCUGUCCCCAAGACGCGAGGCAGAAAGGCGUGAUUGGGAUUUUCAGCAAUCUCCCAGAUUUGGGUGCGUGGAGCCCAAUUCAUCUCGCAUGCCAAAACAAAGGUAUAGCAGCAAAUCACAAGACGCACAAGUGAAAGCCAGUCUGGAUUUCUUGCGGCAGCAAAACGAUUUCUCGGCCUCACUUCCGAAUGCAAAGAGAUACGGAAGUAAUGCCCGUAUUAGUGACAAGAGAUGUAUUGGAUAG